AUGUCGAUGCUGACCCGCCGUGGCGCGUUCCGCCAAAGGGGCAUGGAUCUGCCCAAAAUCCAAACAAAUAUAAACGACGUCGACUCGGCCUCCAGCCCCGCCUACGAGGUCGACUACUUCGACUACGACGCCGACCUGGACCUCUUCACCCAGGUCGACUACAGCUGCCUCGACUUCCUGACGCCAACAAGCAGGCGCGGCUCCUGCACAAACUCGACAGCCACAAAUUCGUCCACCACCGAGGCCGGAUUGAGUGCAGGCUGCAGCGGCGGCGACGACCAGGUCCCCUGGCCGCGCCCGACAGACCGCGACAUCCACGGGCGCAGCGACCUCAACCGCACCGCGCCGCAGUGGGCGAUCCACGUGCGGUGCGUGGUGAGCAAGGACUUUGAGCAGGAUUCCUCCUCGUCUUCAUCGGGCCGACUGGCGGGCUGGGGCUGGGACAGCAACGACGGUAGCAGCACGUGGGCAGCGGCAGGGACACAGCGGUGGUCGAGACGGCCGUCGGUGGGCCUGGACCGGAGAUACUCCUACGGGCGCAAGAUACAGGAUGGGAGGGGACGGCGGCCGUCAGACUUUAGUCUCAGGUCGCCGCCGCCGGGGAUGCCGGUGCACUACGAGCUCCAGGACAUACCGCUGGAGCUUGUCUUGUGCUCGGAGGAAGAUAGCUUGUACAGUAAUUGA